AUGGGCAUGGAAGCCAAGGACGCGUUGGACAGCCCAGGAGAGGACUCUAACGGAUUCGUAGAUCUGGGAAGCAUUCUUGGUGGGGAUCGCUGGACAUACGUCAACGAUGACCUCACGGCCAGCACGGGGAGCAACAGCAGCGCGUCUGGUGCUAUUCCUGGCGGAGCUUCCCCAUCGCAUGACUUCUUGCACGCUACAGGGGGAGACGCACAUGUAACUAAUCCCCACAGUGGGGUCAACGCUCAGAAUCCCGUUUCCUCCACCACUGGCAAACCCACCAGCGGCAGCAGCGGCGGCGUCAGCAGCAGCAGCAACAGCAGCAGCAACCGUUGGGAUGGAGGCUUGUUCCGCAUGGACGGGCGAAGCUCCGUCUUCUCGGCUGCUCCGUGGCGUGGAGUAACGGAGAGUGCAGCCGAAGUGGGGUUCAGGGGGUUGUCUCACAGUGUGUCCUUCGCGUUUGAUGCUGCGGGUGCGGGUGCGGGUGCGGGUGCGGGUACGGGCAUGGCGUCUGCUGUUCCCGGUUCUUCUCACGGCCGUGCAGGAGCCUGGAACGUGUACAACCGUUUGGGCAGCAGUGUUGCUGAUGGUAUGGACUUUCCCGGGCAGAUUGGCACUGCUCGCGCCGGCAGCAGCGGCAGGAUCAAUGAAAUUGAUACACUGUUGAACGGUGGUGCUGGUUACGCUGGGGCGGUUGGGGGCGCGGGUGUAGUGGCGGGGAGCAGCAUUAGCACGGGCGUCAGUGGCAGCAGAGGCGGGGGUGGUGUUGGGAGUGGUGCGAGGUGCGUGUCUCCGUGGUGCAGCUCGGUUCGUGACUCGCUGCCGUUCCUGCUGCCCACCGAGCAAGUGGUUCUGGAGGAGCCUAACACGCUACUGGUCAACACGGACACCACAGGACACCUCCUGCUCACCUCCCUCCGCAUCCUCUUCCUCUCCGCCUCGCCCUCUCCCGCCGUACACCCAUCCCCUACUAUCCCCGCGUCCCCGCCGUGUGCGCUGUCACCGCAUCCCCUGGGCUCAGUGUACUUCCCAGUCAUCGACCGCGUUGCCAAGCUGCCUCCAGGGCGACUGGCUAACAGCAGGGACCAUCUGCUGCAGGUGCACACCAAGGACGCUCGAGUGCUGGUGUACGCUCUGCCUCCUCGCAUCUGCGCACAGGCACCGCCUGUGUUUGACACCAUCAUUCACCUGCUGCCGCGCUCGCUGCUCGAGCUGCCAGUCUUCCACGCGCCCCUUGCUGCCCUCGCCACGCCCACUGCCAGCACAAGCAGAUGUGGCAGCAGCAGCAACAGCAGCAGCGCAGGCAGCAUCGAGGAGGGUGCCUUAUCACCCACGGCACAGGCUUCACAUGGUGCAGGCGCUUCCACUCCUCCUCGCGCCUUCACUCCCCCACUACCAUCUCCUCCUGCAGCAGCAGCAGCAGCAGCAGCAGCAGCAGCAGCAGCAGCAGCAGCAGCAGCAGCAGCAGCAGCAGCAGCAGCAGCAGCAGCAGCAGCAGCAGCAGCAGCAGCAGCAGCAGCAGCAGCAGCAGCAGCAGCAGCAGCAGCAGCAACAGCAGUGGCAGCCACUGCAGGUGGCGCCUCUAUGCAGGCGGUGGGGGUGGUGACAGCGGAGUGCAUGCGAGUGCUGGCCAUGCUGCCAGAGCACUGGCGCCGCCUCUGGCAGAUCAGCCGAGUCAACGCCGCCUAUGCUGCCUGCUCCUCCUACCCACAGCGCCUGCUCCUGCCCUCCUGCAUUAGUGACGACGACGCCAUGGCAUCUGCUGCCUUUCGAGCCAGGGGCCGCUUCCCUGUCAUGUGCUGGCAGCACCCAGGCAACGGUGCUGUGCUCAGCAGAGCAGCACAACCCCUGGUCGGCAUCCUUUCCAGUAAUAGAAGUGAUGCGGAUGAGCGUCUGGUUGCAGCACUAGCCGGCCCUGCUCUCCCUGGGGACUCCUUCAGGCGUCUGGUGGUGGCGGAUGCACGGCCGCGCAAGAAUGCCAUAGCCAAUGGGGCCAUGGGAGGCGGCUAUGAGUCAUCUGCCAACUAUCGCGGCACAGAGGUGGUGUAUCUGGGAAUAGACAACAUACAUGCAGUGCGCGACAGCAUGAACCGUCUGAGAGAGUACCUUGACACCCAUGGCUCUGCCUGCUCCGAUGGCUCCUCCUCCCUGCUCAGGAGUGGCACGGGCGGGUGGACAGGCGGGUCGGUGAGUGGCACGUCGCAGGUGGUGGCGGCGCUGGUGGACUCGUGCUGGCUGCAGCACUGCCACUCGCUGCUCUCCGGUGCCGUCUUCAUCGCUGCGCAGAUCGCCCUGCAGGGCAACUCCGUGCUUGUCCACUGCAGUGAUGGGUGGGACCGCACGCCGUCGCUCGUGUCACUGGCCAUGCUGCUGCUGGACCCCUACUACCGCACUUUCCAAGGCUUCCAGUCGCUAGUGGAGACGCACUGGGCGGCCUUUGGCCAUCCCUUUGCAGACCGCCUGGGCGUGCCAGCAGAACCCCCCACUGCCUCCUCCUCCUCCUCUCGUACCAACCCCGCUCUCUCCCUCGCUGCCGCUGCUGCUGCGAGCCCUGGUGCUAUCGCUGGUGGAGUAGGUGUUGGGUGUGGUGCUGCUGGGUGCGGUGCUCCCGGUCAUGGUGUAAAUAGUUCUGCGGGUGCGGUUGCAGCUGCUGCAGCUGCAUCUGCUGCUGCUGCUUCUGCUCCUGCUGGCGGCGUGGCUGCCAGUGCUGCUGGUGCUGCUGGUACAGCGGGAUAUGCAGGUGCAUCCCUGUCGUCACUAUCAGCGUCGGGGUUCCCUGUGGCGAGCAGCAGUGUGGCAGGGUCGACCUUCCAAGCCAACAGCAGCAACAACCAGUCGCCCGUGUUCUUCCAGUGGAUUGAUGCCGUGGCGCAGCUGCUGCGCCUCUUCCCUCGUGCCUUUGAAUUCUCCACGGCGUUUCUAGUGGAUCUCCUGGACUCUGUGCUCUCGUGCCGCUUUGCCAACUUCCUCUGCAACAACGACAAGGAGCGCUCGCUCGCACGCACCUACCACUCCUCCACCCGCCCCCACGCCUUCCCGCUCUCCCACGCCAACCACUCGCCCGCAUCCGUUCCCCCUUUAUGUGUCUGGGAACACCUAAGACGCCUGAGGGACCCCUCUUCUCCCUCCUCCUCUCUGUCCUCCUCCUCUACUGCUGCUGCUGCUGGGGAUGCAGGCAGGGGAAGGCAGAUGGGAGCAUCUGGUGAAGCGGCUGCUGCUCCUUGCUGUCCGCUGAGCCACCCGCAUGUCAACCCCCUCUACUCUCCCUCUUCCAUCUUCGCGGCCACUGCUCCUCCGGCUUCUGCUGCUCUUCCUGCUGCUCCCGCUGCUCCUGCUGCUGCUGCUGCUGCUACCGCUGCUGUCUGCACAGCCACAAGCAGCACGAGCUGCAGCACUAGCACCUGCACCCAGGCAGCUAUCCGCCCUGCGUCCUGCCCUCCUGUUCAAAUACGCCACAUGGCUCUCUUCCCCCCAUCCCCUCCAUCGCCCGCCAUUCUCCUCCCGCCUGCUGCCUCGCUCGCCCCUGUUCUCCUGCCUGAGCUCUAUCUCCGCUGGUGCUGCCCUGCUGCUGUUCCCCCCCUCCGCUCCCUCCUCUCUUCCUCCUCCCCUCUUGCUUCCCUUCCUCCUCCUGUUGCUGCUGCGGCUACUGCUGCUGCUACCCGUGGGGGUGGAGCUGGCAAACCCUGGCCUUUUUACUCACUCUUUCCCUUCGAAUUUUCUCUCGCUCUCCUGCUUCUCUCCUGCCCGUACUUCUGCGCCUCCCCUGAUGCCCUGCAGGAGUGUGCAGCACUGCAGGGUGCAGUGGAGAAGUCACAGCUUGGAAUGCAGCAGUUGCAGGAGGCAUUGCAGGAGAGCGAGAGCAGGCGAGCAGAGGCUGAGAGGCGCAGGGACGAGGCAGAGCGGGAGAACGCGAGUCUCCGCAGGAACCUGGCAAACCUGCAGCAGUCCCAAGAGGCAAUGCUAGCAGCCGUGUGUCAAGAAGCGGCGUCGGCUGCUGCUGCUGCCGCCUUCACUGCAGCGGGUGCGGGGGGGUCUGCUGCGUCCGCAUCGGCUGCUGCUGCUGUUCGGUCGCGCAUGGCUGCUUCUUCUCGGUUCCCGUCGCUAGCUUCUGCGGCAACUGCGGCAGCAGCGGCGGCGGCAGCGGCUGCUGCAGGUGGGUUGCGCCUCGCCCUGCCGACCGGUGCUCGCAGGUCGCGCAGUGUCUCCUCUGAACCCAGGUCUUCUGGGGCUGCUCCUGAUGCUUCAGGCGCUUCAGGUGCUGCUGCCGAUUCUAUCGAAGCCAGUGCUAUCUCCACACACAAUUAUGCCGUGGGGUUGGGUGAGGCGCUUCAUCUCGACACAGGUAGGAGUAACGGUACUGGCGGCGGUGCCACGUCUCCUGCUCCCACCACGCCACCCUUCCUCCCCUUGCUCGCUGCUUCCUGGAGCCCUUGCUUUGGGUCGGGAGGGGCAGCUCCCACCUGCCCCAGUUGUGCCCGCCCCCUCAUGGUCGUAGCAGCAGGGGAGAAUGAGCUGGAGGAGGGAGGAGCGGAGCGGAAAGCAGGGGGAAGAAUAGGAGGGCUGAGGGGGGAAGGGAUCGAAGAGAACAGUGCAGCGGCACGGGAGGAUGGGGAGUGGGAGGAGGCGAUAGAGGGGUGGCAGUACGAGUGCCUAUGGUGUGGCUUGAGUGCUUCUGGCUGUCGUAAGACAUCCAGUAGCUGGACUGCUGCUGCAGAGGUGGAUAAUGGGGAGGUGGGAGAAAGCAGGGUUAAAGGUCUGAAAAAGCUGCUUGAGCAGCAAGGUCAGCAGCAGCACCAUCGGCAGUUGACAGUCAGCGAAGCUGCGGAUGCGAAGCCCUAUGCUGGUGGUAACCGCGGUAGCAGCAGUGGCACGGCGGGAAGUGCGAGCAACUGCCACAGUGCAGUGUGCUCCAUGCCGGUGCCUGCGUUUGUCCGGGCCGAUUUUGAUGCCUUGCGGUGUGGGCCCAUUCCCAAUUAUGUUGGGUCCCUCUCGUCAUCCUCAUCCCACUCUGCUGGCGCGGCUGCAAUGUGA